AUGAAGUCAACCACGCUCAGCACCACCUUCACCCUCCUCCUCGUCGCCAUCAUCGGCCUGGUUCAAGCAGCCCCCAUGCCAGCUCCAGCUCCCGCUCCCGCUCCCGCUCCCGCUGAGGGCUCAGCCUCCUUUGUCCUCCUCAUGCUCGACAAUGGCAGCACGGCCAAAUGCACGCUCCCUUCAGGCUUUACUGUUCAGAAAGCGGACCAGAUUUCAUCCAAGCUCGUCGCUUCCGGUAAGAUGGCUUGCCACAAUGGCCGAAUCCACGCUCAGGGCGGAGGCGUAACGCUACACUGCGAAAAGGGCCAGCUCGCUUCCAACAAGGAGGCCACCCAAACUUUAAAGAGCGCCUGUAACGACCAUCAAGGCGUCCAUAUGUUGAUGUUACCUUCCUAA